CCUUCACUCAGUUACACACACCCACAGUAGUCCGCAGUGCACCUGGACUACCACACCGGAUACCUCAGCAGACAUGGCUCCGGUUUCCGUACAGAUUCUCACCUUACUGCUCUGCACGGCUGCUACUACUAGGGUCAGACACAAGAGAGAGUGGAUCCCUCCUCCCAAAUUACUCAAAGAAAACGUGGACUACAAAGAUGAGAUUGUGGCUAAGAUUUUUUCAGAUUCGGCUGAUGGCUUGGGGAACAUCCUGUACUCACUGGAAGGUGUGGGAGCAUCCCAGUAUCCCUUUAACAUCUUUGUGGUCAACGCUCAGACAGGAGACAUCCGGGUGACACAGAGACUGGACCGGGAACAGUUCAGUGAAUACAACCUGACUGGUGUUGCUAGAUAUGCAGAUGGCAGCUUAGCAGAGCACAAAAUCCCAUUGAGAUUCAGGGUUUUGGAUGAGAAUGACAACCCUCCAGUGUUUGGGAUCAUCAAACCUGGAGCCGUGGAUGAGCUCAGUCCUCCAGGGACACCUAUAAUGAAAAUGACUGCCACUGAUGCCGAUGAGGGUGACAAUGCUAAGAUAGCGUACAGCAUCGUGAGCCAGAGCCCGGCCGAUGACAUGUUCUACAUCACACCAGCGGGGGAGCUGUGUGUCAAGAGGCCUGACCUAGAUAGGGAGAAAACCAGCCAGUACAUUGUGGUGGUCAAAGGUCAGGACUUGAACGGUAGUCCAUAUGGAAACAGUGGAACAGGAACGGUUACCAUCAACAUCGGAGACGUGAAUGACAAUCCACCCACUCUUCCAAAAGACCAGUACGAGGCAAGUAUUAUAGAGAAUACAUAUGGAGUGGAGGUGAUGCGACUGAAAGCAGAGGAUCUGGACUUGGUUAACACUCCAAACUGGGUGGCAGAUUUUGAGAUUGCCAAAGGGAACGAGGCAGGGUACUUCGAAAUCAAAACGGACCCCAAGACAAACGAAGGAGUACUGAUGCUUAUCAAGCCUGUGAAUUAUGAAGAUAUACAGAACCUGGAUCUUUCCCUUGCUGUAAAGAAUAAAGCUACGUUGAUUGGUGGAGCUGGGGGAACAAAUGUCGGGAUUGGAUUUGGUGGUGGCGGAGGUGGCGGCGGAGGUGGCGGCGGAGGUGGCGGCGGAGGUGGCAGCGGUGGCGGCGGGGGAGGCACCGGCGGUGGUGGAGGAGGAGGGGGCGGCCCUGCGGGUGCGACCGGCUCUUCUGGAGGAGGUUAUAAUCUUUAUCCAUUGAAAAUUAAAGUGAAGAAUGAGCCUGAGGGACCGAGCUUCGACCCCAAAGUCAAAGCCAUCCCCAUUUCCGAGGGUGGCACCAUCAACCUUCAAAAUGUGAUUGCACAAUACCAGGCAAUAGACCAGGACACAGGCAAACCAGCAGAGAACGUUAGGUACAUCAAGGGUAACGAUCCUGGUAACUGGCUGUACAUUGAUCCAGAGACAGCUGAGAUUAAACUGAGCAAACUUCCUGACAGAGAGUCUCCUCUGUUGGUCAACGGGACAUACUACGCUGAAGUCUUGUGCAUUACUGAUGACAUGCCAGCUAAAACUGCCACAGGGACCAUAGCCAUACAGGUGGAGGACUUCAAUGACCACUGUCCCACUCUGACCAUCCCUGUGCAGACCCUGUGCCUGACUGAUACUGCGAUUUUGGUCAAUGCUGACGAUGGGGACGCCUUCCCAAAUGGGCCACCCCUUACUUUUACCAUUGUCUCAGAGAACACCCAGGGCAAGUGGCAUGUGGAGCACCUGAAUGACACAGCCGUGAUUCUGAGGAUAGAAGAGUCCCUUUGGCCCGGUGUGUAUGAGGUGGAGUUUAUUGUGACUGACCAGCAGGGGGUGUCCUGUCCUGAACCACAGAGAGUCCAGGUCCAAGUGUGCACAUGUGAGGACAGAGUGAAGUGUGGUCGCAUUGGAGGGGAUGGAAAACCAGACAAAACUGUGGAAUUUGGCCCCGCUGGCAUCGGUCUGUUGUUCUUGGGGCUGCUGUUACUUCUAUUGCUCCCCCUGCUGGCUCUGUUCUGUCUGUGCGGAGGAGCUGGUGAUAUCCCUGGAGGUUUUGCAGAAAUGCCAUUUGAAAAUAAAUCUGGGCUGAUUAACUACCGUACCGAAGGCCAAGGAGAAAAUACACAGGUGCCUCUGGUGAACAUGCAGAUGCAGAAUGAUGCAGAUUUGGUAGAUGUGGGAAUGGUAAAUAAAACGUCCGGCAUGGGAAAUAUGGGAAUCAUGGACAUGCAGCAGAGGUCUUUUGCUUCAAUGGACGAGAUGACCGGAGGGAUAGGCUAUGGAGCCAGUCAGAUGGAGGGCACCUGGAGGGGCACGAGCCAGAUGGGUGGCAGUGGUUUUCAGUCUGAGUACAUGAGCAGAGAUAGAGAGACUGGGAUCUUUGAUGGCAUGGCUCUGCCUUACCACUUCUUGGGACAAUAUUACAACCAGAAAGUGCAGAGCUCUGAGGCCCAGGCUGGGAAGGAUAAUCUCCUGGUGUAUGACUAUGAAGGCCAGGGCUCCAGUGCCGGCUCCUUGGGCUCCUGUAGCUCUCUUGCCUUGGACAAGGACCUGCACUUCCUCAAUGACCUGGACCCAAAGUUUAAGACUCUGGCCGAAGUCUGUGGAGGAAAGAACUGGGCUGAAGUGCGAGUCCCUGCUCCUCCUGCCACCUCCAUUCGCACCUCACACUCAGCACUGUCCAGUGUGGUGGCACCAGGGCCCCUACCAGAACCUGUGCCCACACCACUGUCCACCCCAAAAGCAGAGGUCAUCAGCAGCCAGUUGCAUGAGAGCUCUGAUCGCUCUCAAAUGGUUACUGUCAGAGAGGUGAAUAGGGAGGUUCCUCGGGAACCAGCCUCUCAAGCCCCUCAGGUUCCUCAGGGCCAGAUGCUGCUCCUCCAGCAGCAGCCUCAGCUCUACUACACCACGGCUCCAGUUCUACAACCCAUGCACUACAUGGUCCAGCCUCCAGUCCAGAACACGGUGGUGCUGAGGGAGGCCCCAGGGACCAACAUGCAGAGUGUGAUGCUGGUGAAUGGUCCCCAGAAUGUCCCAGCCCAAGGCCUGGUGAUGCAGGGGCAGACUGUAAUACAGGGCCAGGCUGUGGGGCAGUCUCAGGUCCCUGGGAUGGUGUUGGUGGAGAAAGCACCAGGGCCAGGGGCCUCUGUCUCUGGCUCUCAGACCAUGUUGCUAGUGGAGGGGAAGGGCCCAUCAGGCUCCAAGCAGGUGCUGAAAAGUGGCCAGAACCUGGUGCAGCCUGGACUCUCCGGCUCUCAGACCCUCCUGGUGGUGGGCUCUGGUUCAGCUCAGAGCCAGCAGCCUGGGGGCCUCAAUAGUGCUCUGUCGGGUUCUCAAAGGGUGCUGGUGGUGGGACCUAACGCUGGACAGAGUAGUAUGUCAGAUGGACUCUCAGGGUCCCAAAGGGCCCUCAACAAGGGCAGCUCCAGCAGCACUCUGAAUAUCACAGGAAACAGUAUGCCCUCUAGCUCCAGGAGGGUAGUGAUGCAUGAGAAGAUGCUUUUGCAGUGAUCCUAUGGCUCAUCAAUUCAGGUCAUGCAAUCUUGUAACUAAUCUGCAAACAGAACCAAGAAGGCAUUUUGGUAGGAAACGUGAAGAUGGAUAUAUUAUCAUACACAUUUGGGCUUUACAAACUUUAUAUCUCUCACUCGGCAGUUUUUUGUUGUUUUUUUUUUACUUCAUUUAUAUUUUCACUAAACUCUCAAGAACAACAUUUCAUUCAACAUUCAACUUCUCCUUUUGUACACUGAAUGUUGAGUUCCAGCCUCCACAAUAUGACACAUUAAGACAAGACAAUAAUAUACACAAUGUAGAAAAGCUAUGUUAGUUCUAGUCAAAUGAAUACUCCUGCCUAUGAAGAACUGCCUUACCUGGGUGCAGGGAGGAUGUUCUCAAGUUUUUCCUUAUUGCUGUUUCCCAUAAAAGCACUAUUGCACUGGAUGUUAUGAGCAGCACUUAGUUUUAAUUGUAAAUUGUGACUGUAUUAUUAUUAUUACUAUGCACAGAUACUUAAGAUAAUUUGAAUUCUAAUGAAUUGGUUUAUGGAUGAUUGUGAUGUGUUAUUGCAUUUCUGCAAUUUUUGUAUUGGUGUAGUGAUGUUUUUACAGGAAUAAAAUGCAUUUUUAAGAAUUCAG